UCCGCUGCCGGGAGCCGCGACCCGCGAUGUCGGACGAGGAAGCGGGGGCGAGCGGGGGUGCGGAGGGGGCGGGCGCGGUGACGGUGGGCGACGUGCAGGCGCUGAUACGGCGCAAGGAGGAGAUCGAGGCUCAGAUCAAGGCCAACUACGACGUGCUGGACAGCCAACGGGGCGUCGGCAUGAGCGAACCGCUGGUGGACGGCGAGGGCUACCCGCGCGCCGACGUGGACCUGUACCGAGUGCGCACCGCGCGGCACAACAUCGCCUGCCUGCAGAACGACCACAAGGCGGUGAUGCGGCAGGUGGAGGAGGCCCUGCACCAGCUGCACGCGCGCGGCAAGGAGAAGCAGGCCCGGGACCUGGCCGAGGCCCAGGCGGAGGCCGCCAGCCGCUGCCCCGGCCCCAGCACCGCCCCGCCCUUCGCCAGCAUCAGCAGCAUCAGCCCUGGCUCCCCAGCCAGCGAAGCGGGCCUGCAAGUGGGCGACCAGGUCGUGGAGUUCGGCUCCGUGAACGCCCGGAACUUCCAGUCGCUGCACAACGUCCGGAGCGUGGUGCAGCGCAGCGAGGGGAAAGCCCUGGACGUGACGGUGGUCCGCGGAGGGGAGCGGCAGCAGCUGAGGCUCGUCCCGAAGCGCUGGGCCGGGAAGGGGCUGCUGGGUUGCAACAUCGUCCCUCUGCCAAGAUGACCACCUGGGUCGGGCAGGCGUCCCCUGGGCCCUGCCUCCAGGCCCCUCCCCUCCGCGCAGCAGUCAAGGCUCUGGAGGAGGCGGCAGGCCCAGCCUUG